AGCACUGCAAAUGAUGAAAACUGUCAUCUAUUUCUUCAUUUCCAGUUUGAAAAUCAUGAAAAAUGGGAACACCACCUCUGAUUUCAUUCUCCUAGGACUCUUUAACCACACAGAAGCCCAUCUAUUUCUCUUUGCAAUGGUUCUCACAAUUGCCUUCGCCUCCCUAGUGGGAAAUGCCCUCAUGAUUCUCCUGAUUCACCAAGAUGCCCAGCUCCACACACCCAUGUACUUCCUACUGAGCCAACUCUCCCUCAUGGACAUGAUGCUGGUCUCUACCAUUGUGCCCAAAAUGGCUACUAACUACUUGACUGGAAAGAUGUCCAUCUCCCCUGCUGAAUGCGGGUUGCAGAUAUUCUUCCUUCUAACUUUAGGAGGGGGUGAGUGUUUCCUCUUAGCAGCCAUGUCCUAUGACCGGUAUGUGGAUGUUUGUCACCCACUGCGAUACCCAGCCCUCAUGAGCUGGCAAUUAUGCCUGAAAAUGACUGUGGGGUCUUGGGUCCUGGGGGCAGCGGAUGGGCUCAUGCAGGCUGCUGCUACCCUGAGUUUUCCAUUUUGCGAUGCACAUGAGAUCAAUCAUUUCUUCUGUGAGGCCCCUACUCUGGUGGGUUUAGCUUGUGCCGACGCGUUUGUCUUUGAGUAUGCGAUGUACGUAUGUUGUGUGUUAAUGCUCCUGGUCCCAUUUUCUCUCAUUCUGAUUUCCUAUAGUCUCAUCCUUGCUGCAGUUCUCCAGAUGCAUUCUAGAGAAACCCCCAAAAAGCCUUUUGCCACCUGCUCCUCACAUCUUUCUGUGGUGGGACUCUUUUAUGGAGCUGCAAUUUUUACCUAUAUGCAACCCAAAUCCUACAGGUCAGCUCACCAUGAUAAAGUAGUGUCAGUGUUCUAUACUAUCUUCACCCCUGUACUCAAUCCCCUCAUCUAUAGUCUGAGAAACAGUGAAGUCAAGGGUGCCUUGAGAAAGUGUAUGGGUCAGUGUUCUGCCUUAAGUCAGGGUUAAGAUUACAUAGAUUUGCUCUAAAUUUAAAGUCUGUAUGAAGUGACUGUGUAGGAUUUUCUAGAGAAAAGGUAUAUAUGUAUAAUAUCUAUAUCCAUUACUAGUUUACUUUGAAAUUCUGACAGGCCUCCAUAGUUUGGAUCUUUUACUAUGCUCUCAUGAAUACAUCAAAUUGUGGAUUGUUAAAAGUCUGUUAAUCAAAAUCAUUAAAACGCUUUUACAUCACGCCACACAAUAAAUAUUUGUUCAAAGAAUGAGCCAAGUAGUCAAACAAUUUUCAACAUUAGUUGUUAAUUUGUUUUUAAUUGUGGUAUAACUUACAAACACUAGAAUGCUCACAUCUGAAGCUUGCUAUUCACCCAGUGUCAACAACUUGGAUUUAGCCCACUAGUAAAAGGCAAUUCUGACCAGAUCAGAAUUUUUUUUCAUGCACUUUUCCAGUAAAAUCACUCAACCCAGAUACAACAAUUAGUCACACUUGUAUCUCUGUCCUAUAAUUUGGUCUGUUCUAGAAUUUUGCUUCAAUGAAAACAUAA